AUGGGUGUGGACAUCAACGCGUGCUCUCUCUCUCAGCUCCGGAAGAUUGCUGAGGAGGCGCCGGGGUCUUCGGUCGGGGUGCGGUUUAACCCGGGGCUGGGGUCGGGGGGAACCAAGAGCACCAACGUGGGCGGCCCCUCCUCGUCUUUCGGGAUCUGGUACGAGUGGGCGGACGAGGUGAAGGAGAUCUGCGCCGGCGGUGACCUUACCGUGUCCCGCAUCCACACGCACAUCGGAUCGGGAUCUGACCCGGCCGUGUGGCAGAAGGUGUCCGGCAUGAGCUUGGACCUCGUGCGACAGUUCCCCACCGUGACCACGCUGAACUUGGGAGGCGGCUACAAGGUGGGUCGAAUGUCGGGAGAGCAGUCGACCGACCUGCAGGCCAUCGGUGCCCCCGUGAUGGGCGACUUCGAGGCCUUCGCCGAAGAGACCGGGCGGAAGCUCAAGCUGGAGAUCGAGCCCGGGACUUUCCUUGUCGCCAAUGCUGGUAGCCUCGUCUGCACGGCGCAGGACCUGGUGAGCACGGGCAGCGGCGGCUACGAGUUCAUCAAGCUGGACGCCGGGAUGACGGAGCUCCUCCGGCCGUCACUCUACGGCGCCCUCCACCCCAUCGUCGUCGUACCCGCGGAGGGGGAAGGCGGUGGUGAAACCGCCGAGUACGUGGUCGUCGGGCACUGCUGCGAGUCCGGAGAUCUGUUGACGCCAGUGUCGGGGGCGGCUUCGGAGAUCGAGCGCCGAACUCUAGCUAAGGCGGAGAUCGGGGACUUGGUGGUGGUGGAGGGUUGCGGCGCCUACGUGGCCGGCAUGAGCGCUAAGAACUACAACUCCUUCCCGGAGGUGCCAGAGGUGCUCCUUGACUCCGCGGGGGAGCUGCAUGUCGUUCGGCGGCGACAGACCUUGGAGCAGAUCUUCGAGAACGAGAUGCCGUUGCCGGCAGGCAUAUAGACUAAACAGAGCAGCUGGCUUUGCUUAUCUACGUACGUCGAAAGGCUUUCGGGCCGGGUGGCGUUUCUAGCGGUAUAAU